UACUGAAAAAGAACUGAAAUACUCUGUUACUCUAAGACCAAAGACUCUCACGCGCUGUGAAAUUCAGUCGGACAGAAAAGCUUCUCUCUCAUUCGAAACAAGGAAAUAGAAAUUUAUACAAAAGAAAACUGCAAUUGAUUUUUAUUGGAAUAAAUUUUCCUAUUUCUUUAAAUGAAGCAAAUGAUGAAUAUGCCUCAAAAUCUAUCGAUGAACGCGCCUUUUGGGCUGCCCAGCACCUCGAAUCCAACUUCCGCCGGAGUGCCGGCGACUAAGGAUCGGAAGAUGGCAUCGGCGGAGCAUUUGGUUCUCGACCUGAGCAAUCCUGAUCUCCGAGAAAACGCUCUUCUCGAACUAUCGAAGAAGAGGGAACUAUUUCAAGAUUUGGCUCCGUUGUUGUGGAAUUCUUUUGGUACUAUUGCUGCACUGCUACAGGAGAUAGUUUCUAUUUACCCUGUUCUCUCCCCUCCAAAUCUAACUCCCGUUCAAUCAAAUCGAGUUUGUAAUGCCCUUGCUCUACUUCAGUGUGUAGCUUCUCACCCAGACACAAGGAUGUUAUUCCUAAAUGCUCAUAUACCCCUGUAUCUGUAUCCUUUCCUUAAUACAACAAGUAAAUCGAGGCCUUUUGAGUACUUGAGGCUUACUAGCUUAGGUGUCAUCGGUGCCUUGGUGAAGGUUGAUGAUACAGAAGUUAUUAGCUUUCUUCUUUCAACAGAGAUAAUCCCACUAUGCCUCCGAACAAUGGAGAUGGGUAGUGAACUAUCGAAAACAGUUGCCACUUUUAUAGUUCAGAAGAUUCUACUAGAUGAUGUUGGGUUGGACUAUAUUUGCACUACUGCAGAGCGAUUUUUUGCAGUUGGUCGAGUUCUGAGAAAUAUGGUUGCUGCAAUUGCUGAGCAACCCUCUUCACGACUUUUAAAACAUAUUAUUCGAUGUUAUCUUAGAUUGUCAGACAACCCAAGAGCUUGUGAUGCAUUAAGAAGUUGCCUUCCUGAUAUGUUACGCGAUGCCACUUUUAGUACUUGCCUUCGUGAGGAUCAAACCACUAGGAGGUGGCUGCAACAGUUGCUUCACAAUGUUGGGGUGAGUCGGGUGCCAUCACUUCAGGCUGGUGCAGGGUUUGAUCACAUGCUGGUUAGCUGAGAAUCGUACCAUCAUCGCUCAUUGUUUGGUUUCAGCAGGCAGGGAGGCAUCCUUUUAUGAUUUAUCUAACUAGUUUUUUUGUUUUUGUUUUGGUGUAUGUUAAUUUAAUUAGAUGUUGUAAUUAACUAUAUGUCCAUGAAAUGGAAAUCAAAUCCAGCACUAGGAGAGUAAAGCAUGGUCGCCAGUCGUUUGACUGUUUUGAAUAUAAGUUAAAAAUGUAGAAUGAAAGUAACGAUGAGGCUGCUGCUGCUUCUGGCCAAGAAAAAAAAAAUUGAUCUGAUUGGCAUUA